CGGGCGUGUGUGCGCGCGCUGCUGUGGCCGCCGCCUCCUCCCUGUGCCUCCCUAUCUGCAUCUGCUGCAGAGCUCAGCCAACACGCAUCUCCUCUGUGCUCUCUCUCUCUCUCUCUCUGCACUUGUUUUUCCCACUACCUACAUAUCUCUGCCCACCACAAUCUUUUUCUUUCUUUCCUUCUUUUUUUUUGAGGGGAGGGUGGUGCUGAUGAGGGGAGAAAGUCAGCUCGCACCUCCACCCGAAGAGAGCGAGAGAGAGAAAGAGAAAGAGAGAGAUGGGGCACUCGCUAGUCGUCACUUUGGAGUAUUGGGGACGGCGGUGAACCGGAGGGAGAGAGCGCCGGAUGGCUUAGGAGCCGUGAAACCCACAUCACUCACCGCGGAUUGAGCAAGCACCCCUCCUCCCCCCCUCCCCUCUCUCCCUCCCUCCCUCCAUCCUCUCUCUCCCCCUAGUCUGCAGCCUCCAAGAACAGCCGCCGCAUCAUUUUUUCAGAGCAGCAGCAGCAGCAGCAGCAGCAGCAGCAGCCCCCUCCCUCCCUGCCUGCCUGCCUGCCUGCCUGCCUCUCUGCCUCUCUGCCUGUCUGCCUCCAUCCUCUCUCCAUCUCCCUUCUCCUCUGCUGCCUGCACCACUGUGGGAAUGCAGCGGAGGUAAAAAAGAAAAAAAGAAAAAAGAAAAGAAAAAAAACGCAUCGUGGAGGAUUCUUUCUUUCUUCUUCUUCUACUUCUUCCUCCUCCUCGGAUCUAUCCUCAGCUGCGGGGCGGACAGCUUUGGAGACGCACGGCUGUCCCCCCAAAAAAUCAAGAGUAGAGUGAGGGUGGUGGUGGUGGAUCAGUUUUUUUUGGGGGGGGGGGAUUUUACCGGCGGAUCACAAGCAAACCCCGAUCCCACUUGGACGCCCUGCCUAUCAUCAGUUUCGGUCCUCUCUCCCUCUCCCUCUCUCUCUAUCACCGACUGGAUUACCUGCAGCUGGAGCGGACCGAAAUAAUACAAAAAGAAAAGGGGAAAAAAGGGUGGCCAGGGCGCACGGAGAGCUGAGGAGCCAUCAGAGGGAAAAAACUUGACAAAGACACCUGACAGACAGACAGAGAGAGAGGCGGGAGAAAGCUCUCCGAGAAGGUCAAACGGACUCAAGCGACACCUUUUGAAGAAAUACCGGAUUAAAGGAACGAUCCGCGGGUUAAUUUUUUCCUUGUUGCUGUCAGGUUUUUAAGGACCCCUAUGCGGCCCGAUAAUCAACCAAUUGAGAGUGGAGAAGGGUGCCGCCGGAGCCUGGGUUGUUGGUCUACGCACGCACACACACGCACGCACAUGGAUUUACAGCUCCGGUCUGAAGCGGAUCGAUAUCUUUCCUCCUCCUCCUCCUCCUCCUCCUUCUUCUUCAUCAUCUUCUUCUGCUUUUUCUUAUAAUUUUUUUUUCUCCCCCGACCGUCGGCUUUUUUUUUUCCUUGUAACAAGGGAGGAGUGAAGCAUCCUGGGAUUUAUCAUCGCUUCGUUAGGCUGAACUACAGUGAGGCGCCCUCUCGCUUCGCUCUCUCACCUGUCCAUAACCUGUGUGCUGGUGUGGAAGUGUGUGUGUGUGUGUGUGUGUGUGUGUGUGUGUGUGGUUUUCUCUCUUGUGCGUAGCCGUUGUGUGUGUAUGUGUGUGUAUGUGUGUGUGUGAGUGCGCGCGCGCGCGUUGGUGUGUGUUUGCGUGUGUUUGGUUUGUUGUCCGCCAGAGGGAGUGUAGGUUAUAUUGCUUGUGUAUGCAUUUGAGUGCUGUGCCAGCUUUUAAUUAGUCCUACGUGACUGUGAGUGAUUGUGUCUGCAAGUGAUUGUGCAUAAAUUCAUGGUUUAGGUUUGUGCAUGUAGGUGUGUAUAUCUAUAUAUUUAUAUGUAUAGUGAGGAUAUAGGCAUUGUGUGGGUCAUUACUUAAGAUGCCCAGCGUUUCUCCUGCACCACACCCCCUUCCUUGUAUUCGCCCUUGUAACAUUUGGCCACCUGUUUGACCCCCCCCCUCCCCUUCGACACCCCAAGAGACGAAAAACAUCUCCGGCAGGAUGAGCGAGCGCUCCGGUGCGAGCACUCUGGCGGCCAUGACGCUGGAGGAGCCAGGAGCUGAGCAAGCGUCUCCUCGAGCCCCGGGCCCCCUCCGCUGCGGCCCCUGUGCCGUGUGGCCUCGCCAGCAGACGUGGCUGUGUGCCGUGCCCCUGGUUAUGGGCUUUGUUGGACUGGGACUCAGUCUCAUGCUGCUGAAAUGGAUUGUGGUAGGAUCCGUUCAAGACUAUGUCCCCACUGAUCUGGUGGAUCCUAAAGGUAGCAUUGGACAGGACCCUAUAUUUCUCUCCAAACCCAGUGCCAUGCCCAAGGGGCCCGACAUUCCCACCGCCACCACGACUUCAGCUGCCUCUACCACGGCGAUGGUGUCGACUACCACGCCGCUAGCCGCGGAUGGUACCGCCCCAGCGCCAAGAACUCGAUCAGGGCCGCCAGCAAAUCACUCAGCCAAUGGCAGCACUGCCAACGGGGAUGGCAGCCGGGCCCCACACCUUCACAACCGUGUAGGCACCCGCGUUAGCGGCGGGACAGUGGUUACCAGUUCCACCACUCGCGCCACCCGACUCAACGCGCCACCCGGUGGUAAGGAGGUCACCCCUCGCAGCACAGUUAGAAAAGGGAGCAGCGCCAGUAAUGGACGUAACGGAGCUGCUAACUCAAAGCCAGGGCAGACCUCUCCUGGCAUCACCACUACAGCGCCCACCACAACUACAGCCACUGUAAAGACCACUGCUAAGGUGCAGCCAACCACCUCCCAGCCGGCAGCCCCGGUCAAGCCCACGUCACGCUGGAAUCACGGGCGCCCAGGAAAGGGCCCUGCCACGCGCCCACACCACCGCUUCCGUACACCGGUGGCCCCCACACUUCCCAGUCUGAGUUCAGAGGUCUUCAAGCCCUGUGUGGAAGACAAGGACCUGGCAUUCUGUCUAAAUGAGGGAGAGUGCUCCAUCAUUGAAACCGUGGCUGGAGUUCACAGACACUGCAGGUGUAAGGAGGGAUAUCACGGACUACGCUGUGACCAGUUUGUACCCAAGACAGAUGCUAUCUUGUCAGACCCAACAGACGAGCUCGGGAUCGAAUUCAUGGAGAGCGGUGACACCUACCAGAGGCAGGUGCUGUCCAUCUUCAGCAUCGCCUCGGGGAUCUGUCUUCUCGGAGUGGCGUGCAUGGCUCUCUACCGCCGCAACAAAAGACACAGGGAAAAACUCCAGGCUCAUUUCUCCGACAGCCGCAGCCUGAGGGACUGCAGCGUCAACGCCUCCGGCCUCAUGUCCAAAUCGACUCCCCGCCUCCAGUACAGCCUCCAAUUCCAAAAGAGCUGCAGUUCUCACGGAUCGUCUGCUAAGGACGGCAGCGCAGCACCCGGCACGUCAACAGCGGCCCCGCCUAUCCUCAGCAGAGCACUGUCGAAAGGAAAACGCUUCAGGAGUAGCUCCCUUUCCCUAAGUCCUGCCCAACAGCGGAGGGAGAACCACUACUUCAGAACGCCUCCCAUCCCCAGAGGAAAACACAAAAUAUCAACCAAUCUCGUCGAUGGAUCCAGAGCGUCUGGCCACGUCUACAAACACCUGCAGGAGGACGAGUCAACAGACGUGGAGUCAAUUAGAAGGUGUGAUUCUGCCGGGGGUAGAGUCGGCGCCCUCCUCAGCAGGACUUCACUCACUCACUUCGCAGCCAGAAAGGGAUGGACCGAGGUGCCCUGCACCCGCCUGGACAAGGGAACAACCUAUCUUCCACCCUCCCUGCGCACCCAAUCUGUGCCCAUCAUCCCUUCACUCCAAGCGUGUGACCUUGAGGCGGGGAACUUGGACAUGAGUGGCCGGAACCAAGGGGGGCUCCUCAAGUGGCACCCCAUGCUGGCUGGAAAGGCGUCGGUGCCCAUUCGUAGUUCUCCCUCCCCUGCCUGUGAGACCGUUGUGCUGGCUUCUGGUGUCAUGCCCAGCGGUGUUCGCCCUCCUGUCACCGCCACCACUGCUGCGCUGGGCUCGGAGAAGAAUCUCAGCUCCUCGCAAACACCCUGCUCCAUUGAAAUCACAGUGGAACUCGGGCAGGAAUUAAAACAGAAAAGCCUCUCCGGCCCCAUGAAAAUGUCUGGGUCUCAGAGCGAGAUCCAAGGCGGUGGCGCAAAAACUCUCGAGGCUGGGACUACGCAGGAGUCAGAGGGGAAAAGUGUGCAGUGUUCAGCCAGAGUGGUGCACACAGGCAUCGGGACCAGAGGUUUGAAGGCAGCAGGCCAAAGAGAAGCCCAGGGACAGUGCCAAGGUCAGACAUCCCUCGUGUAUGGAGGCGCAAACGGCUCCUUGGCCACCAAAGGACCCAGCUGCAGAGGAACUGGAAAUGCUUAUGCCAAGCCCUCUGCAAGCUGAUUGGAUUAACUCUGUAAAGCUUUCACAGACAGUGUUUCCAAUGACUGUAUACCUUUGCUGGUGGCACAGGAUGUUUAGCAGGUGGGACCAUCUGUGGGGCCGCACGGACCAAUGACAGAUGGCGGUCGUUUUUGAUGGAACAUGAACAGACUGAACUGCGGAGGAAAAAAAAAUAUUGACACUACAAAAGACAUCAAAUUAUAAAGAAAAAGAGACUAAACAAACACACACAUUGUGAAUAAAUGUGACUCAAUAAGGAAAACAAAAACCGUGACUUGAGUGGGAGCUUGACUUAAACAGUGUAUUGAAAAAAAAUGCCACUAUUUAAAAGGAGCUUCUACUUAGAAACCAAAAUAGUGUGUCAUCUCUAUGUUGUUUCUCUAUUGUAAAGAAAUGAAAUUAUAUAUGUCAUAUUAUAUACGUCAUAUAGACGUAUAUAUAUUUGACUACAAUUGUGACAAAAUAAAGAUUAAGAUAACAGUGUUAAUUAAGGGCUUUGUUUAUCUGAAUCCAUUUUUACUACAUGAUGUGCAGAAUGUCUUGCGUUUUGUUGGUAGAUUGUUGUCUUGGACGGGGCAAUGUGUAAGAUAUGGCCAGUAUUUCAGUUUAAAACAUUCAAAAAAUGGACAUUAUGUUAUGAGUAUGAAGAAACAACCGUGUUACAUGAAAGACGUCUGUGUACUGUGUUGCAGAGAUGUCUAUUGAAGUUAGCAUGCUAACCAGCUAGCCCUGGCCCUUCCUGUCUCGUAAUACCACUUUGUACCUCAAGAAUUAGCCCGUUUGCUAGUUAUGGGGCAUUCAAACCAAACUGGGUGCCACACAGGUAACGCACAACAUAAUUAUAAUCCAGCAAUCAAACUUGGGCGUGUAAAGUGAGGCAAAUAUUCCCUUCAUGUUAGGUCUGAACACACCAUUAGUCUUAUAAGUAAACAAAAUAAAUUCACAAAAUGUCAAGAAAGGAAAUAUUUUUACACCUACUCUCCGUAAUAAACAGAAAAACACAA